AUGGAAUUCUACGAAAAGGCCGCCCCAGUAAUCCCCCGCCCAAACCCAAUGAAGGUCCUUGUCCUAUCACUCCCACGAACAGGAACAACAUCCAUAUGUGCAGCUCUCAGACAACUAGGGCUAAACCCAUACCACUUCAGCGAAGCCUCUAAGAACAAGAACAACGAGCACUUCCAGCUCUGGCUUCAAGCCGUUCGGGCCAAAUAUGAUGGAAUCGGGACCCAAUUUCGGGGGGAGGACUUUGAUCGGAUUCUUUGGAACUAUGAUGUACUCCCCAUGAUUCCAUGCUCCGGUGCCCUCUCUGACGACCCUUGCUGCCUUUUUAUUGACGAGCUGCUCUCCGCCUAUCCUAACGCACAGGUUAUCCUGACAACCCGCGACCGUUCCGCCUGGCUGCGUUCUAUGCAGAGAUUUAUCCUGGAGAUUCUGUCUUGGCGGUCGAUGCGUAUCCUCUCGUACUUUGAUCCCGAGUUCACCGGUCCGUAUCAGGCGUUGCUCAACCGGACGACAACUGUCCUGUCCCAGGGUCAGCCACCCUGCGCUCCGUCCUCUGUUCCGGCGUUACUGGCGUCGUUUGAUUCGCACUAUGAUCGUGUGCGGACUGCUGUCCCGGGAGAUCGGCUGCUGGAGUUUCAUCCGGGAAUGGGAUGGGAGCCGCUUUGUAAGUUUCUAGGCGUGGGGGUGCCGGAGGUGGCGUUUCCGCAUAUGAAUUCAGGACCGGAUGCCAUGAAACUCGAGGUUGAGCUUUAUUGGGAUAGGUGGGGUGCUGUUGGGAAACGAUUCGUCAGGAGGGUGAUAUUUUUGCUAGGCUUUUGGGGGUUGUUGGCUUGUUGGAGAAGCGGGGAGUGGUUCAAGUCGCAAGUCACGAAUAAUCAUCAUACCGUGUAG